CGUUGCAAAUACAGUGUCAAACAUAAAGCCUUUCUCUCCCGUUAGGCGAAAAGCCACAACCCCUCACUGUUCUCUCAAAAUCUCCCUCAUUUUCUCUUCCACUUCACACUUCCUCCGUUUGUAUACAAUUUUCAUGGAAGAUCAGGGCACGAAUUCGUUGAUGAUGGGGCCGAAACCCCCACACCCACUUCACCAAAUCGCAGAAACGCCGACUCACAAGUUGCUUCUGAAGCAAUGGCUAAAAGAAGAAGAGUUGAUCCUCAACAGGGUAACCCUGAAGGAGACCCAUAUAUAUUCUGUCCGUAAAGAAAUCAUGCAGCUCUAUUUCUUCUUCUUCCUCUUCCAUUCCAUCGCGCUCCUUCUCCUUUUCAAUUCCUCCUCCAGGGACCCUCCCACGGGGGCCUGCCACAGGUCAUGGAUCCCAUCACUCUGUUCUCUUCUCUGCUCCAUGGGGAUAAUCUGGGCCGCGCGGUACAAGAUAGAUGUUGAAGGGCAUUUGGAGAAGAAGCUGGCGAGGGAGAAAGAGGAUGGGAAGUUGUUGGGGAAGUGUGCGGAGGAAUUGAAGAAACAGGGUGUAGAGUUUGAUUUGUUGAAGGAGGUGGAUGCGCUGAGGAUGGCGAAGAGUAUGAGAACGGAAGCGAAGGUUGUGAGGAAAUGGUCUAGUAGGGAUUUUGUGACAUUAUUCUUCUUCACUGUGUCAUGUUUGGUUCUUGGAUUGACAAGGGUGAUUUUGUGUAGUUGAACUUCUGGCGAAAUUGGGAUUUUUGGGUAGCUUGAUGGGUUACAACCUCGCAUGAUUUUGGAAACCAGUUAUGGUUUCCUAGUUUUUAUGGGCUCUUUGGCAGGAGGAUUUAUACGGAUAGAUAAUUUGUUUUUAGUUUUGGUUAUUAGAAGCAAGUGCAGAACACUCAGUUCUGCUUUUGUAAUUUGGGGAUUUAUAUGGAGAUUAUGUUUAAAUAAUAAAUAAAAUUUUCUUUA